GCAUUAACUUUUGAUCUCUAGCUGGAAAAAUGUCUCUGGAACUAGAUGCUAGUCAGGUUGAUGUUGUGAUUGCAGCACUUCACCCGAAUCUCACCACUUUUUUGGAGGAAUGGCGACCAAUCUUGUCCAGGUACCACCUCAUAAUCAUCAAAGAUCCUGACACGGAAGAGGAGCUUCAGAUUCCCUCUGGCUUUGACCUCCAAGUAUACACCAAAUCCGACAUUGAGAAAGUGAUAGGGCAAACUUCCAUCAAAUUUUCCGGUCAUUCAAGCCGAUACUUCGGGUAUCUCAUAUCUCGCAAGAAGUACAUUAUCUCUAUUGACGAUGACUGCCUACCAGCAAGAGAUAGCCAGGGUUUCUUAAUAGAUGCAGUCGCGCAGCACAUCACCAAUCUCAGUACACCUGCUACACCUUUCUUCUUCAAUACCCUUUAUGAUCCCUAUCGUGAGGGUGCAGAUUUUGUUCGUGGGUACCCCUUCAGUCUACGAACCGGAGUUGAAUGUGUGAUGUCAUGUGGCCUGUGGCUCAACAUAGCAGACUACGAUGCCCCAACUCAGGCUGUGAAGCCAGAAGAGCGAAACUUGCGCUAUGUGGAUGCUGUGCUCACAGUGCCAGUGAGGUCAAUGAUGCCUGUUAGCGGGAUCAAUCUCGCAUUCAGGAGGGACAUAGUGGGGCCUGCAUUGUUCCCCGUGUUGCGGCUGGCAGGAGAAGGUAAGCGGAGGUGGGAGACAAUGGAGGACAUCUGGAGCGGGAUGUGCGCGAAGGUAGUGUGUGAUCACUUGGGUCUCGGAGUGAAAAGCGGACUACCGUACGUAUGGAGAGGUGAAGGCGCCGAUGGAGGUGAUGCAUUGGAAAGCUUGAAAAAGGAAUGGGAAGGAGUGAAAUUAAUGGAACAGGUUGUGCCCUUUUUCCAGUCAGUGAGGUUGCCGAGGACAGCGGUGACAGCGGAGGACUGUGUGAUCAAGAUGGCAGGUUUGGUAAGGGAACAGUUGGGACCUCUUGAUCUUGUGUUUAAAAAUGCUGCUGAUGGUAUGGAAGAGUGGGUAAAGUUGUGGAAGGUUUCAACAUCUCAAUCCAUAACUGAUUCUUAGAUUGGUUUUUCAGUAACAUUGCCUGCUUUUUUUACAUAAGAAUAAAAAGACCUAAUUGUGUCUUAGUUGGACUUGCUAUAGGUGUUUGUCUGCAUUUUACUGUAUUUCUCCAUUGAACUGAGUAUUUCUGUUAUUGAAUUUGAUAUAGUGAUUAUUAUUGGUGAACAUCAGCUAUUGAUGCCUAGUUACUUUACCCA